AUGGCGUCAUCAGAUCGCAUUGAAGCUCGGGCAGUUAUAAAAUUUUGUAGUGAAUUAUGGAAAACGCCGACACAAACCUACAAGAUGAUACAGACGACAAGUGUAAAGAACAGUGUCAGUCGCAGUCUGGUUUUCGAAUGGCAUCGGCGUUUCCGCGACGGCAGAGAGAGCCUUGAAGAUGAUGAGGGUAGAGGAAGAAAGAAGAAAUACGGUGCGACGUUGGUGACGUCAAUCGCUGACGCAUUAGCAAAGGACCGACGGUUAAAGGUCAGAACGUUGUCGGAGAUGUUCGAUGUCGGCUAUGGAACAAUUCAUAGAAUACUUACUGAGGAUUUACAAAUGUCGAAGGUUCAUGCACGCUGGGUUCCACGCCUGUUAAAAGACUAUGAAAAAGAACUCCGCGUCCGUGAUUCUAGAACUUUCCUUCGAAGGUAUAAGCGGGAGGGAGACGGAUUUCUAAGUAGGAUACUAACAACAGACGAGACGUGGCUUUGGUUUUAUGACCCCGAGACAAAAUCGCAGUCGGCCGUGUGGAAACGUAGCGGAUCCCCACCUCACAAGAAGGCCCGGGUGUCAAAGAGCUGCUGA